AUGCCAACAAUCAUUAGUGCCAGCAUGACGGUUAAUGCAACAGCAACGUCAACUUCUAUUCUAAUUGGAUUUUUGGAAAUAUUAGCACAUGAAAAUGAAUUCAGUUACAAGUUGACUCAACUGACCAAAUGGAUUAAAGAAGAUCGUUAUUAUCAUACAAUACUUUACAUGAGACAUGAUGCCAAGCAGGGACAGGAUUAUGAAGAUGUCUACAAUACAGAUAAAAUACUCAAAUAUCUAAUGAGUGAGAGUAGUAUGCCAGUAAUGAAUCUAAAAGGAAAUACUUCAUACUAUUUAUGGCAUAGAUUUAAUCGUGGUUAUAUGGCUAUAGUCCAUUUGAAUGGGAAGCAAAAUGAGGACCAAAAACUGUUGAUGACAUUGUGGACAACCUUGAAACGCAAUUUACUCAGCAGGUUUAUAUUGCUACUGAGAAAGUCUGAAGAUGAGAGCUACAUUAGAAACAUUUUAAAUUUUUGCUAUGAGAAAAAAGUAAUCAAUGUUGUGGUGAUAAGGGAGUCUUUAAUCACGGGUAAUAUGUUUUAUAGAAUGCAAGCAUUUCCCAAAUUCCAGAUGAAGCUGCAAAAGAUGCAAGAAAACAAAUCUGCAAUUUUAUUUAUUGAUCAAGUAAAAAAUAUGCAGGGUUCUGCCAUACGAUUGGUUAUGAAUAAGGACAGCUCAAGUUGUUAUAUACUAAGAAAGGAAAAUGGAAAAUUUAUACUGGGUGGCUUUGUGGGUCAUUUCUUUAGCGAGUUUGCCCGCAAACACAAUGCCACCCUAACAUUUCCUAAUUAUGAGAAUUUGGACAGCGAAAUGUUCAUCAGUUUAAUGGAAGCUAUGGUGGAAAAUGGUACAUACGAUGCCUCAACUGAACCAACAAUAAAUGUAUAUUCUGAUGAUUUGGUCUAUACUCGGACCUAUGACUAUAUGGAUUGGUGUUUGAUGGUACCUUUAGAGGAAUCUCUGCCGGCCUACACUUUCUAUGUGAUAGUUUUUGAUACAGCCAGUAUGGUAAUGAUAUUGGUAGCUUUCAUAUUAUUUACGAUGGUCUUGGCUGCUACUUAUAUCAUCAGACGUGAACCAAUUGUUAUUCAAGAAUUGCUCUUCAAUAUUUAUGUUCUUAAUGGACUUUUAGGUCAAUCAUUUAAAGCGGAGCGCUAUUUUUCUGGAGUGCGCAGUUUACUUUUUAUGAUUAUCUGCUUAUCCGGCUUGAUAUUCAAUACAACGUACGUCACCUAUUUGCAAACCUUCAAUGCCAGUCCUCCAAAGAAACAUGUUAUUAGUUCAAUGGAAGAUGUUCGGAAAUCGGGCAUGCGUAUUGCUUUGUAUGAAGAAGAAUUUGAUCUGCUUAAUGCAUUUGAUGUAGGAAAUGAAUUUAAAAAUUAUCUAAAGAUUAUAUCAUCAUAUGCAGAGUAUUAUAGUUUACGCAAUAGCUUCGAUAGUCGUUAUAUAUAUCCAGUGCCAUCGGCUCAGUGGACCCUGUAUGAACAACAGCAGAAAUUCUUUGCCAAACCACGCUAUCGUCUGACUGAUAUUUGUAUCAUCAAAAUGUUUGCCAUGCAACUGUCUUUGCAACCCAAUUCUCCUUUUGAAGAGUCCAUGAAUAUUUUAAUUGGUAUGCUAUAUCAGGCUGGAUUUGUUACCUAUUGGAAAUCGUUGGCAUUUUUGGAAUCCGUUCAAAUGCAUAAAAUUAGUUUGGAAGACAAGAGUACCGUGUCAACAUUUGAACCCAUGAAGUUGGAAGAUAUGAAAUUGCUAAUGUUUCUCUUUGUAGUUAUUGUUAUUUUAUUGUGCAUUUGUUUUGCCAUUGAAGUGUAUUGGCCACAUCGUGGUGAAGUAGCAAUGAAGUUUGUUCAAGUAAUGAGAAAAUUAUAUAAACGCUUUAUUAGAAAAUAA